UCUAAUGGAAGUGCACACGGCCCCUGAGAGGCCGUCGGAUUGAAGUACUUUUUGAUUAAUUAAUUAGCUGCAAGACUGGGCGACCUCUUGGUCAAGGAGUCCUCGUGGACUGGGGCUAUAAAUGGCAGCGGCACACGUCUAACGGUAAUUAGUUGCCCACUCAAGUGACCAUCAUGCACAUCGCCGUUGUUUGUCUCCUAAUCACCUUGGGCCUCGACCACAGCCGGGCAGCCACAACAAUCCUGCAUGGCAACGGACCGGAUUCCAGUGCCAUUUCCCACCAGAGUUUUACUCGAUUGUCGUCAGCGCAGCCUCUAAUCCUCCAGCAUCAAGAGCAGCAGCAGCAUCAUCAGCUGGUUGUUCCUGCUCCGAGGAUUGUCAACAGCCACCAUAGAGCCAUUGGGGAGCAGCAGCAGGUUGAGCGGUUCUCCCAAGGAGAUGAAGAGCUUCAACUGGCACCUAUCUCCCGCCAGACACCUGCCCAUCUCACAUACUCUGCCCGUCCGGUGGUCCAUCAGAUGCUGCCCCGGAUUAAGCCUGUGAGAAACAUCAGCUUUGCCUCGCUAAUCCCGGGACCUCGUAGCCUGGCCACCCAUCAGAAUCUGUCACCAGUUUAGAGUGGCAAAGCAAUCUAUGGAGUAGCUACCUUUA